AUGGAGUGCGCUCUGCAAUUGCCGUGUCAAGAAGAACAUAUUCACUUUUUCUUGAUUCAUUCGGUUUUUUCUCUUGGCGAUAUUAAGUCUACGUUUUGCUGGUGGGUGAACGUCUUUUCAAAUUGGUGCGAUAAAAUUGGAUCAUCAAAAGCUGGCGCUUUCGUUUGGGAAGUAAACAAGAUAUAUAUUUCUAAUGGCCGAAGGGGCAAUGAAUCUCGGAUGUGUGUCAUGCAGCCUGCUGCAAUAAGUAAUAAUACGGAACAACUUUUAUUUUCCGACAGUGUUAAAGAUAAUAGCCGAAACAUGCCUGAAAAUAGUGGAUCCUGGUUUUUGAGAGUGUUCUACAGUCAACAUUUGGUGGAGGAGAUUCUAGUAACAGCCAGAAAAAAGUAA